AUGCAAAACUUUCCGCUAUGUUGCGAUAUACCACCGGAUUUGUGGUGCGAUAGUUUCGACGCAGCUCGUCGUUGUGGUGUUGUAAAUCAAUGUGAGGAUUUUCAGCGAAUACAGAAGCCUAUAAAAUUAACAUUAUUUUACGAAGCAUUAUGCCCAUAUUGCCAACGAUUCAUUGGAAAUCAUCUGGGGAAUUUAUAUAAUCAAUUUCGAAAUCACAUUGAACUCGAGCUUGUUCCAUGGGGUAACUCGCGUUUUUUGAGAAAUGGUUCAAUACGGUGUAAUCAUGGUCGCACUGAAUGUGACGCAAAUCGCCUGCAUAGCUGCGUUCUUCAUCAAACAAAGAUGAGACAUGCUUUACCUUUUAUCAUUUGUUUUGAACGAUCGUUAACUAAUUCAGUGGACUCAGCCUUUCGCCACUGCUCCGGAUUCGUACGUCAUCAUUAUCGUAAAAUUAGGCACUGUUAUGAGUCCGAACAAGGCAUGCAACUGCAACGUCUCGCUGCUCAACGUACAAUGUCCGUUCGACCGAAUCCUAUAGUUGAAGUGCCAUAUAUUCUUAUCAAUGAUUACAGCCCAACUACAGAUACAAAUAAUCUAAACAUUCACGCUAUUCAUUAUUUGCUGAAAAAGUGGUUACGAUCCGCCACUCGUCUUCACUGA